UAAGACAUUAUGUCGAUUGAGGCAUUAUCUGGUAAAGUUUUCUUAGUGAUAACCGGUGCAAGCCGUGGUAUCGGACGUCAAAUCGCGAUAACAUUCGGUUCGCUACUGCAGGAGGGUUCGCAUAUUCUUUUGUUAGCAAGAAACCUAAAUGGUUUAAAAGAAGUCGCGAAAAAUAUACCAUCUAAAGUGACAGUUCAUACUGUCAGUAUAAAUCUUGGUGAAGCGACUAAAACUGAUUUUGAAGAAACCAUAUUAAGAUGCCUAAGUGGAAUCACUCGCGACGCAUUUGAUCGAGUGGUCGUAGUGCAUAAUGUAGGUACUAUAGGCGAUGUUACAAAAUUUGUAAAUGAGAUGAUGGAUAUAGAUGAGUGGAAACAAUAUUAUACCCUAAAUUUCUUCCUACCUGCUAUUUUGAAUGCGGUGAUUAUGAAUUUGUUUGACGAUAGUACAAACACUAAGAAAGUGGUUAUCAAUAUUACAUCUUUGUAUGCUAUUCAAGCAAAUGUAGCUUGUGGUUAUUAUUGCUCGGUGAAGGCAGCACGAGAAAUGUAUUUUAAGGUUUUUGCUUUGGAAAAUCCUGAUGUUAAUGUAUUAAGUUAUUCACCGGGACCUGUCAAUACAGAUAUGUUAAAAACAAUAUGUGAAACAAUCGUCGAUCCCGAAAAAAAAAAAACAUUGCAACACUUGCGUGAUACCAAUGCUAUAUUGACUACAGAGCAGACAAUUAAUCGUCUUGUGGAAAUUUUGAAAGAACAUAAGUACAAAGCGGGUGAUCAUGUGGACUAUUAUGACAACUAAAACAGCUGUGAUAUGGUAAUCACAAUAUCUUAAUCUUUAAAAAGAAAAAAACAUGGAAGCAAGAUAAUUUAAAAAAAAAAAAAUUUUUUUUGUGAAUUAGUUUAUUCUUUCUUAACUAAAACAAUGUUACAUAUAUUCUGUUUUUAAAAAUAACGCGUUUUUAUGAAAUAGUAUAAAAAUAAAUCAUUUCUACAAAUAAUUUAUAUUAUUAAUUUAUAAAUUUUCUUUAAAAUUUUUUUAUGAUUAGGUAAUAGAAAUUCAUUAAAUAAUCAAUGAAUAAUAAAUUAUUCAUGUAAUAGUCAAAAUCAGAGUUGUAUAAUAUUACUUUCUCAUUAAUUCUAUCAUUAAUUUCUAAAAUCACAGACUACAACUUAAAUUACAAUAUUCAUAUUUCUAUGAUAUUGCUUACUUCAAUUGUAUGUAAAUUCCAUUUUGUAUAUAUAUAAAUAAUUGUACUAAUAUAUAGAAAAAUAUGAUAAAAUAUGUAGAA